CCAAAAAAAAUCCGUCUCUAUUGGCUGUUCUCACCUGUCUUCCCAUGGAGCUCCUCCCCUACCAUCACCACGCCUUCCCCUGGCGCUUCUUCCUCGCCCGAUCCUUCCUCUCCCCACCCAACACCACCAUCCCUCCGUCCAACUAUGUCCAUUGGAACGAAACACCGGAAUCCCAUAUCUACACCGCCAACAUAACUGGUGUGAGGAAGGAGGACAUCAGAGUAGAGGUGGAGGACUCGAGGUACAUGGUGAUAAGGACGGAGGAGAGCGAGGACGGCGGGGAGUCGCCGGAGAGGGACCGGAGGAGCUUCAUGAGGAAGUUCCGGCUGCCGCAGAUGGUGAACGUCGAUGGGAUCUCGGCGGGGUAUGAGGAUGGGGUGCUGACGGUGACCGUGCCCAGAUCCAUAUCUAGGGGAAGGCUCAUCGUUGAUCCCCAAGAUUUGGCGGCCCAGGCCCACCAUUCGGUGGCCCGUGCCGCUUGAACAUUCGAUCAUAUUACUCGAUUGGAUUUAAUUUAUGGGCCAUUUGUUGGUGACUGUCAUAUGUUAGAAAGUAGGAAUUUGAUUCUGGGUCACCUUGUUGGUAUCAAGUUAGGCUGUCACAUGUGGUUUGAACUCGGUGUGGUACUAGUAGAUUUAGAUACAUCCAUGCAAGUGGAAAGAUUAGAACCUUGUUGUUAUUUGGAAUUGAUGGUUUGUCAUCCUUUGAUUUGUUACUGGUUGUUUUAUAUAUAUAUAUAUUUUCCUCUUUUUAAUC